AUGACAGAUUUUAUCGCAAGGGAUUAUCAGUCGCAGGGAGAUGUCGCGCAUCAAAUGCUGCCGACCUUUUUGGUUGGCAAGAUUCUGCGAGAACGAAUCGUGGAAUGCUUUUAUUGGAAGGAACAGUGCUUUGGCUUGAAUGCUGCUUCGUUGAUUGAUCGUGCAGUGCGUGUGGAGUACGUUGGCGGACAAUUUGGCAACCAGCAUCCUACCGAGUUUAUUUGUUUGCUCUACAAAAUGUUACAAAUAGCCCCAGAAAAAGAGAUCGUAUUGCAAUACCUUGCCAUUCCCGAAUUUAAGUAUAUACGAGCUCUGGCAGCUUUUUACAUUCGUCUAACUUGGUCUGAUCCAGAAGUGUAUCAAGCUUUGGAACCUCUAUCGAAUGACUAUCGAAAAUUGCGAAUUAGAGAUCACAAUGGAUUUUACGUUUCCCAUAUGGAUGAAUUUAUCGAUGCUUUAUUCAACGAAGAAACGGUCUGCGACAUUACUCUGCCACCUCUAAUGAGCCGUUACCAACUUGAAGAACUUGAUCAGCUCGAUCCCCUGCCUUCCUCUUCCGAGAGUGAAUCAGAACAUGAUGAACCAAAAGAAAUUCCUUCCUAA